GCUCUCUGCUCCCGACAAACUCUUCAUUACUCCUCACCCAUCUUCACUCAUCUCAGCAACAACCCGGCUCUCCCAAACAACAUCCGCCUCCCGGCCACACGCCUUUGGACCGAUACCAUUCCGCCCUAUCCAUACCUGGGGAUUAACCACCUUCGUCAUCGACCUCUCACCAUCGAAGCCACACAUAUACUGGACUUGGAGAAUAUCCUUUCCUGACAGUCUCCAUUCCCGCUCUCUCUCUCUCUCUCUCUCUCUCUCUCUCUCCAUCUCUAUCUCGCACGCGCAUCCGGAUUUCUUUGAAACCGCAAAAAAUGUCACGGUACUUGACCCGUCUUCGGCCACUCCAUCUAGGACCUCAAUUGACCCAAGGGAAACUAUCCAGACUCGCAGUGCAGCCCAUGGCCGCCCCCGUGGCUCCCAUUGUCCCACACCAGCCCGAAGCCUUCCACCCGAACCCCAAGCCUCUCGCACCUCACAUGACAGCGCCGGCCCUCCCCCGUGUUCUCCCAGAGUUCAGCCUCCAGGGCAAGGUCAUCGUCGUCUCCGGCGGUGCGCGAGGGCUCGGUCUCACACAAGCUGAAGCUCUCCUGGAAGCCGGCGCCAUAGUCCAUGCAAUCGACCGUCUCCCUCAGCCUGACCCGGACUUUGAGAAGGUUGCCCUCCGGGCCAGCGCCGAGCUUGCGACUUCGUUGACAUACCACCAAGUCGACGUACGUGACGUUCCGGCCCUUAACGAAAUCGUUGAGGGAAUCGCCAACAAGCAUGGCCGUGUGGACGGCCUCAUUGCCGCCGCCGGCAUUCAACAAGAGACGCCCGCGCUCGAGUACAAGGCUGAGGAUGUCGACAAGAUGAUGGGCGUCAACGUCACCGGCGCCUUCAUGACGGCGCAGGCGGUCGCGCGGCAGAUGGUGAGGCUCAACACCACCGGCAGCAUCGUCUUGAUUGCCAGCAUGAGUGGCACGGUUGCCAACAGGGGUUUGAUUUGCCCUGCAUACAACGCUUCCAAGGCGGCGGUCCUGCAACUCGCACGCAACCUGGCGGCCGAAUGGGGCGCCCACGGCAUCCGCGUCAACACCAUCUCGCCCGGCUAUAUCGUCACCGCCAUGGUCGAGGCGCUCUUCGAGACGUACCCGGAGCGCAAGGUCGAGUGGCCGAAGCACAACAUGCUCGGAAGGCUCAGUCUGCCUGAAGAGUACCGCGGCGCCGCCGUGUUCCUGCUGAGCGACGCCAGCAGCUUCAUGACGGGUAGCGACUUGCGCAUCGACGGCGGGCACUGCGCGUGGUGAACGGUGGGAGGGAAAAAAGAGCGAGCGUCGGCGUUACUUGAUUGGUCGUUAUGCACACAGACUUUACGGGGUCUGACGGGUUGCGCUUUG